AUGAACUUGAGCCAACGGAAGAUAGAGAUCUAUUCAAGGGGACCUCGAAGACAAAGGGACUAUGGAAAUUUCAGACGUACACCUCGAGAAUCAAACCGCGAUGAGUUUGCUAGAUCAUUGGCAACAAAAAUUAAUGAAGAAGAUGCGAGUAAGGGCAAGACCGAAGAAGUCCAAUGCGCAAUGUGCGGAAAGGCCCAUGAAUUGGAAUCCUGUAAGAACUAUAUGGAUAUGGAGGUCAAAGCGAGGAAAGAGUUUGCAAAAACGAAAGGACUCUGCUUUGGAUGCCUUGGAAAGGGACAUUUGUCGAGGGAUUGCAAGAGACGGAAAAAGUGCGACUCAUGCAAAAGGGCUCAUCCAACAUCCCUGCAUGGAGACCUGAAGGGCGAAUCAAAAGAGACUGAACCCUCUCGAACGGAAAACCAAACGGAACAACGGGCAGCCUAUUGUACCAAAUCUGGCACUUCCAAGGAAGAACGUGAUGGAAUAGUGAGUUCAAUGAUCAUUCCCGUGUGGUUGCAACAUGCAAAUCAUCCCGAAAAUGCCGUGUUCGUAUACGCCCUCCUCGACGAUCAGUCUGAUAGCACGUUCGUCUCCGAAAGCACCCUUAGCAAUCUUGGAAUCGAAGGUCAUCCGACACAAAUUUCACUUUCCACUAUGAAUGUCGCAAACGAGAUCAUUCAAACCAGCAAAGUCAACGGCCUCGUGGUGAGCGACUUCAAGCGUAACUCUGAGAUACAACUUCCGCGAGUAUUCUCCUGCAAGGCUAUCCCAGUAAAGAGAUCGCAAAUUCCACGUCCAGAGAUGGCAACAAAGUGGUCCCAUCUAGCAAAGAUAGCAACUGAAUUGUCACCCUAUCAUAGUGACAUCGAGGUGGGAUUGUUGAUAGGUGCGAACUGUCCUCGUGCCAUUGUACCACGAAAAGUUCUGCCCGGACGAGGUAACGAACCCUAUGCUCAGCAGACAGAGUUAGGAUGGGGAAUAGUCGGAAACAUAACCAACGACAAGGACGAUUCGGAUGAAAUCGAAGAUGUCGUGCACAGAAUCGCUACUCAAUCAAUCUGUGCUGCUCAAACCCACGAAAGAGCAUGCACCUUUCGCGUGACGACGUCGGCCAAAGAAGUUAUCAAUCCACAGGAAAUCAGACGCAUGAUGGAGUGGGAUUUCUCCGAAAGAAGCGUAGACCACAACCCAAUCUCCUUGGAUGACAUGAACUUCCUAGAACAAUUAAAGAUUGGAAUUCACGAGACACCUAACGGCCACUAUGAAAUGCCACUCCCAUUCCGUAACGGAUCGCCAGAGCUACCAAGCAACAAACUGCUAGCAUUGCGUCGGCUACAAGGGCUGAAGACACGACUGCAGAAAGAUCAACGCUAUCACCAACACUACAAAUCCUUCAUGAAUGAUCUACUCCAAAGAGGUUAUGCCGAACCCGUUCCCGAAGUGGAAUCGAACGUUGGAAGCAAAAUAUGGUACAUUCCGCAUCAUGGGGUCUACCACCCUCAGAAGCCCGAUAAACUUCGUGUCGUGUUUGACUGUAGGGCAAGUUAUCAUGGCGAGUCACUUAACCAACACCUGUUACAAGGCCCCGACCAAACGAACGGUUUAAUCGGUGUCCUAUCAAGAUUUCGACAGUACCCUAUCGCGUUUUCCUGCGACGUCGAAGGCAUGUUCCAUCAGUUUCACGUGAGUGCGGACAUCGAAACUACUUAAGGUUCCUAUGGUGGGAGAAUGGAGAUGUCUCUAAGGAACCAAACGAAUAUAGAAUGACGGUCCACCUAUUUGGUGCAACUUCGUCCCCAGGUUGCGCAAAUUAUGGGCUAAAGGCUAUUGCAGAAAACAACAAGCAAGAAUUCGGCGAAGACGUUGCGAACUUUGUUAAACGGGACUUCUAUGUCGACGACGGACUGAAGUCUUUAAAGUCAGUUCCAGAAGCUGUGUCGAUCAUCCAUAAGACAAAGGAUAUGCUUUCUCGUGGCGGCCUUCGGUUACACAAGUUCGUGUCGAAUUCAAAGGACGUCUUGUCUACAAUUUCUCCCGAUGAUCGAGCGUCAAAUCUGAAGGAUUUAGAUUUCAAUGACGGUCCCCUCCCUGUGGAGCGAACCUUGGGUACACAGUGGUGCAUCGAGUCCGAUUCGUUUAAGCUACGAAUAAUCUUACAGCUCAAGCCCUGUACGCGCCGCGGAAUCCUGUCUACCAUCAGUUCCAUAUACGAUCCCCUUGGGUUCGCCGCUCCCUUCCUGUUAAUUGGAAGACAGAUCCUCCAAGACCUAUGCCGAGACCAAGCAGAAUGGGAUGAUCCGGUUCCAGAGGAAGUGCGUCAAAGAUGGGAGAAGUUUAGAAGGGACUUACUUAUCCUUGACAAGUUGAAAGUUCCUCGGUGUGUCGCGCCAACUGGAUUUGAAGAAGUAACCUCUGUCGAAUUACAUCACUUCUCGGACGCUAGUACUACCGGUUAUGGACAGUGCUCCUACAUCCGCCUUGUCAACUCAGAGCAAGAAGUUCAUUGCGCCUUCAUCAUGGGAAAAUCUCGAGUGGCACCGCUCAAGCACAUCACGAUCCCUCGCCUCGAACUAUCAGCAGCCCUUGUCGCAGUUAAGGUGAGCACCAUGCUUAACAUUGAACUUAGUUAUGAGAACAUUGUUAACGUAUUUUGGACCGACAGCAAGGUGGUGUUGGGAUAUAUCAGCAACGAUUUGAGACGGUUUCAAGUGUUUGUAGCAAACCGCCUGCAGAUGACGACCCGGAAGUGAAGAAGGUUAAAUCGCUCGCAACCGCAACGGUCGAAACCAAAUGUUCGUUGAUGCUUGAUCGUUUGAACUAUUUCUCAUGCUGGUACUGAGCGAGACGUGCGAUCGCGAAUUGUAUGAAUCUCAAGAAUCGUUUCAAAUGCCGUAUCUCAAACCGCACUUCCUCCGAUAAGCAAACGAAGAGCUCACCGGUAAUCAACGUAGAGGAUCUUCAAAGGGCGGAGUCAGAGAUAAUGCAAAUGGUUCAAGAGAAAGAGUUUCCAGAAGAGAUGAAAAUACUGCGUUCACUUCAGAAGAAAGACCCUAA